CAGAGACAGUUCAGCUCUGUAAUGUUCUAAAGGCUCCAGUGGGAGAAGAUACUCUACUGAAAUGGAGAUGAAGUGUCUGUGUUGGUGGUCAAUGAUGUUUCUCUUGUAGAUCUGCUGUAAAUGAACACAGAUGAAGGUGGACUUGGACUUUCUCAAUGAAGAAAUCUAGACAAACCUCAGAAAAGGAUUAGGUCUAAUCUGAAGGAGGAGUCAUGACCUCCAAAAUGAACUUCUCUGAGGAGCAGCACUCACAGAAAGCUGAGAGACUGGUUCAGGGUCAGAGAUCUGACUCACCUGAACCCAGCUGUGUGUCCAUGAAGAGUGACCAGUCAAUGGACAAAGAUGGACAGUUCAGAAAGUAUACCAGUUCUAUUAAGAUCAGACUUAUUCAGAGAAAGAGACCAGACUCACCUGAACCUAGCUGUGUGUCUAUGAAGAGCGAAUGGUCAAUGGACUGUCCAAUAAAAUUCAGAGAGGAGGACAGUUCUACUGAGCUGAGAGUCCAGAAAGAGAAUUUAGAUAUUGCAAGGAGAAACAUGGAGACCAUAUUCAAGGAGCUGGAGCACAAAGUCAUCUCUCUGGUGAAGACUCAGCUGAAGUGGUUUGUGAAGCUGCUGAGUCUGGAUUACCCAGCAUGCUCUGAGAGAGAGGUGGAGGAUGAGGAGGAUCAGAGCAGUGUCAGAGAGGGGGCGCUGAAGAUCACACUGACCAUCCUGAGGAACAUGAAUCAGACUGACCUCGCUAACACACUACAGAGCAAACUGUCUCCUUGUCACAAAAAGCUGAAAUUGACAUUGAAGGAAAAAUUUCAGAAAAUUAAUGAAGGAAUCUCAAAAUCUGGAACCUCAACCCUACUGAAUGAGAUCUACACAGAACUCUAUGUCACAGAGGGAGGGAGUGGAGAGGUCAAUAAUGAACAUGAGGUCAGGCAGAUUGAAACAGCAUCCAGGAGACCAGCAACAGAGGAGAAACCCAUCAAAUGUAAUGACCUCUUUAAUGACAAACCCAUCAGAACUGUGCUGACUAAAGGAGUCGCUGGAAUUGGAAAAACAGUCUCUGUGCAGAAGUUCAUUCUUGACUGGGCUGAAGGAAAAACAAAUCAGGACAUCCUCUUCAUAUUUCCACUUCCUUUUAGAGAGCUGAAUCUGAUGAAGGAGAAAAAACUCAGUCUGGUGGAGCUCCUUCACCAAUUUUUCAGAGACAUAGAAGAAUUAAAACCAAGAGACUAUCAUCACUACAAAGUCAUGUUCAUCUUUGAUGGUCUGGAUGAGUGUCGACUUCCUCUAGAUUUCCAGAACAAUGAGAGCGUAUCUGAUGUAACAGAUUCAGCCUCAGUGGAUGUGCUGCUGACAAACCUUAUCAAGGGAAAUCUGCUUCCCUCUGCUCUCUUCUGGAUAACCUCUCGACCAGCAGCAGCCAACCAGAUCCCUCCUGAGUGUGUUGACCUGGUAACAGAGGUACGAGGGUUCAGUGACCCUCAGAAAGAGGAGUACUUCAGGAAGAGAAUCAGUGACCAGAACUUGGCCAAUAAAAUCAUCUCACACAUGAAGUCCUCAAGAAGCCUCUACAUCAUGUGCCACAUCCCAGUCUUUUGUUGGAUUGCAGCCACUGUUCUAGAGAGAGUGUUGGGUGAAGCAGAGAGUGGAGAGAUCCCCAAGACUCUGACUCAAAUGUUCACACACUUUCUGAUCUUUCAGAUCAAACACAAGGACCAAAAGUACCAUGGGAAAUAUGACACUGAUCUUCAGCAGACUAGAGAGAUGAUUCGGGCACUGGGAAAACUGGCUUUCCAACAGCUAGAAAAGGGUAAUCUGAUCUUCUAUGAGGAAGACCUGAGAGAGUGUGGCAUUGAUGUCAGAGAAGUGUCAGUGUACUCGGGAGUUUGUACCCAGAUCUUCAGAGAGGAGUUUGGGCUGCACCUGGGGAAGGUGUUCAGCUUUGUGCACCUGAGUGUUCAGGAGUUUCUGGCUGCUUUAUAUGCAUUUCUCUCCUUCAUCAGCAGAGAUGAACCAAAACAACUGAACACUGAUCUCUCUGGUAUUUUAAAAGAAUCCAAAAUGUCAGACGUCCUCACAUCUGCAGUGAACAAGGCCUUACAGAGUGAGAAUGGACACCUGGACCUUUUCCUCCGUUUCCUUCUGGGCCUCUCACUGGAGUCCAAUCAGAAUCUCUUACGAGGCCUAGUGACACAGACAGGAAGCAGCUCUCAGAGCAAAGAGGAAACAGUCCAGUACAUCAAGGAGAAGAUCAGGGAGAAUCAAUCUUCAGAGAAAACAAUCAGUCUGUUCCACUGUCUGAAUGAACUGAAUGAUCAUUCUUUAGUGGAGGAAGUCCAGUCAUACCUGAACAGAGAAGGGUCCAGUGGUCUUAGUGGAGCUAAACUCUCUCCUGCUCAGUGGUCAGCUGUGGCAUUUGUGAUGCUGAAUUCAGAAGAAGAUCUGGAUGAGUUUGAUCUGAGGAAAUAUGAUCCAUCAGAGGAGUGUCUUUUGAGGCUGCUGCCAGUGGUCAAAGCGUCCAGAAAAGCUGUACUAGCCAGCUGUAAUCUCACCACAAGAUCUUGUGAAAAACUAUCAUCAGUUCUAUCACCAAACUGUUCCCUGAAAGAGCUGGACCUCAGUAACAAUGACUUAAAAGAAACAGGAGUUGAGCUGCUCUCUGCUGGACUGAGGAAUUCACACUGUAACCUGGAAACACUCAAACUCGCUAUCUGUAAUCUCACCAGAAAAACCUGUAAAAAUCUAGCAGAAGCUCUACAAUCAGUAAACUCCUCCCUGAAAGAUCUGGACCUGAGUAACAAUGACCUUCAGGAUUCAGGAGUUGAGCUGCUCACUGCUGGACUGAAGAAUUCACACUGUACAUUGGAUAUACUCAGAUUGUCUGGUUGUAUGAUUACAGAUGUCGGUUGUUCUUCUCUGGCUUCUGCUCUGAAAUUAAACCCCUCCCACCUGAGAGAACUGGAUCUGACCUAUAAUCAUCCAGGCAAGUCUGGAUUGAAGCUGCUGUCUGAUCUACUACAGGAUCCGUACUGCACACUAGAGAAACUAAAGGUGGAUCAUGCAGGGAAGAUCAGGAUGAAACCAGGACUGAAAAAAUAUGUAUGUGAUCUCACUCUGGAUCCGAACACAGUGCACAGUCUUCUUUCUCUGUCUGAGAGGAACAGAAAGGUGGAGCGUGUGGAGGAAGAUCAGUGUUAUCCAGAUCAUCCAGACAGAUUUAAACACUGUGUUCAGGUUCUGAGUGUGGAGAGUCUGACUGGACGCUGUUACUGGGAGGUUCAGUGGAGCAGAAGAGCUGUUAUAUCAGUAUCAUACAGAGGAAUCAAGAGGAAAGGAGGCAGUGAGGACUGUGGUUUUGGAAUCAAUCAUCUGUCCUGGAGUCUGAACUGCUACCAUGACUCUCGUAUUAAUUACAUUUACUCUGUCUGGCAUAAUAAUCAGAAAACUGACCUACCUGCACCCCCCUCUCCCUCCAACAGACUAGGAGUGUAUCUGGACUGGGGGUCUGGCACUCUGUCCUUCUACACCAUCUCCACUGACACACACACACUGACCCACCUACACACAUUCACCACCACAUUCACUGAGCCGCUCUACGCUGGAUUUGGUGUUUAUUCUUACUCCUCAGUGAGUCUGUGUGAGAUAGAAUAACCUCAACAGA